AUGUUCCAGGCCACGGGACCCGCCAGCCCACCCCCAACUCAUGAGGCAAAGAACAGCUCAGGAGGCAGCACGGUGCAGCGCUCCAAGUCCUUCAGCCUGAAGGCGCAAGUGAAGGAGAUGUGCACCGCCUGCCAGAAAACCGUCUAUCCCAUGGAGCGGCUGGUGGCCGAUAAAUUCGUCUUCCACAACGCCUGCUUCUGCUGCAAGCACUGCCACACCAAGCUGAGCCUGGGCAGCUACGCGGCGCUCCAUGGGGAAUUCUACUGCAAGCCCCACUUCCAGCAACUCUUCAAGAGUAAAGGCAACUAUGACGAGGGCUUCGGGCGCAAGCAGCACAAGGAGCUGUGGGUGCACAAGGAGGUGGAGAGCGGGACCAAGUCGGCGUGA